UGCCUUUCGCCGUAAGCGGUCGCCUCCUUAUAAAUACACGCUGCGUCGACUCGUUGCGAGACCUACAAGGAGAGCGAGGGAGGAGGAGGACGAGAAGGCGGCGGCGGCUUCUCGGAUCGGAUUGGGAAGAUGUUUAUAGAGAAGUUUAGAGUGGAGAGCCCCAACGUGAGGUACGGGGAGGAGGAGAUCGAGGCGGUGUACUACUACGAGACGACGGAGCUUGUGCACGAGGCCCGGGACGGUGCCUAUCAAUGGAUCGUACGCCCCAAGAGCGUCAGAUACGACUUCAAGACCCAAACCCGCGUUCCCAAGCUUGGUGUGAUGCUUGUGGGAUGGGGUGGGAACAACGGUUCCACGCUCACCGCCGGAGUCAUCGCGAACCGAGAGGGCAUCUCUUGGGUAACCAAGGACAAGGUGCAGCAAGCCAAUUAUUUUGGAUCUCUGACCCAGGCUUCCACCAUUAGGGUUGGCUCCUACAAUGGGGAGGAGAUUUAUGCCCCUUUCAAGAACCUCCUUCCCAUGGUUAAUCCAGAUGAUAUAGUGUUUGGUGGAUGGGACAUUAGCAACAUGAACCUGGCAGAUGCCAUGGCCAGAGCCAAGGUCCUGGACAUUGACCUGCAGAAGCAGCUCAGGCCCUAUAUGGAGUCCAUGGUCCCCUUGCCUGGAAUUUUCGACCCGGACUUUGUUGCAGCAAACCAGGGUGCCCGGGCCAACCAUGUGCUCAAGGGAACCAAGGUGGAGCAAGUCCAACAAAUCGUCAAAGAUAUAAGGGAAUUUAAGGAGAAGACUCAGGUGGACAAAGUGGUUGUGCUGUGGACGGCUAAUACUGAGAGGUACAGCAACGUGAUUGUCGGUCUCAAUGAUACCACAGAGAAUCUCAUGGCCUCACUGGACAAGAAUGAGGCUGAGAUAUCUCCUUCCACGUUAUAUGGUAUAGCAUGUGUUUUGGAGAAUGUCCCUUACAUCAACGGGAGUCCACAGAAUACCUUUGUGCCUGGGCUCAUUGACAUGGCUAUUCAAAGGAACAGCCUUAUAGGAGGGGAUGACUUCAAGAGUGGGCAGACCAAAAUGAAAUCUGUCUUAGUUGAUUUUUUGGUCGGGGCCGGAAUCAAGCCAACAUCUAUUGUUAGCUACAAUCAUCUGGGAAACAAUGAUGGUAUGAACCUAUCUGCACCACAAACCUUCCGAUCCAAGGAGAUCUCAAAGAGUAAUGUCGUCGAUGACAUGGUCUCUAGUAAUGGCAUCCUGUAUGAGCCUGGGGAGCACCCUGAUCAUGUCAUUGUCAUCAAGUAUGUACCAUAUGUUGGUGACAGCAAGAGGGCUAUGGACGAAUACACCUCUGAGAUAUUCAUGGGUGGAAGGAGCACUAUCGUUCUUCACAACACCUGCGAAGAUUCCCUGUUGGCAGCGCCCAUAAUUUUGGAUCUAGUCUUGCUCGCUGAACUGAGUUCUAGGAUUCAGCUUAAAGCUGAGGGGGAAGGCAAAUUCUCCUCUUUCCAUCCAGUGUCUGCAAUCCUCAGUUACCUUACCAAAGCUCCACUAGUCCCUCCAGGCACGCCAGUGGUGAAUGCUCUGGCCAAGCAAAGGGCCAUGCUGGAGAACAUACUCAGGGCUUGCGUUGGCCUGUCUCCUGAGAACAACAUUAACCUAGAGUACAAGUGAAGCGAACAUUUUCACAAUGAUUUUUAUGUUUUUGUCCUGGUCGUCUUCUCCUCUUCUCAAGUAAUGGGGAGACUAGUGCCUGUGAUGUUUAGAGCUAAAUUCAUGGGGCUGCGCGCUAAUAUAUAUCAUGCAUUUCCGUACUAGUGUCCUGAUGGCAGCAUAAUUCUCAAGUUUGAAUGUUGCCUCUCACCUUGGUUUGUUUUAAUUUUAAUGUCUGGCAUCACACUCGUUUUGUUUCUUUCAUAUAUCAAUGCGUUUGAUUUAAGUUA